UGUCUUUCGAAAAAUGUUGAGAACAUUGAUAUCAGAUGUAAAACAUACAACCAAUUUGGGUGUUAUGAAUGUGCGUCUUCAUAUUACUACAACUCGCAAACUUAUACAUGUGAAAAUUGUGAUGAAAAAUGUCAAACAUGUGUAUCAAAAUCGUCACAAUGUUUGAGUUGUAAUGCGUCGACUUUUCUGUAUAAUUCCUCCUGUCUGAGUAUCGAGAAUUUGUCGCACAAUUGUGAACAGUUUGCACAUUCAGGUGGAUGUGUUAAAUGCAAAGACGGGUAUUACAGAUAUGGUCUCCAGUGUUUUUCAUGUAAUAUAAAAUGCUCGACAUGUUUGAAUGGAGUUAAUUGUUUGUCGUGUAACUCGACCAAUUACAAGACAAUUAAAGGCGACUGUAUUCCACAAGAUUUGAUAUUAAAUUGUGAAACGGAAGUGACACAAAAUGGGUGUUCGCGCUGUCAAAUAGGGUUUUAUACAAUCAAUUCAAAUGAGUGUGAAAAGUGUGAUGAUAAUUGUUAUUCAUGUUCUUCCAAACACAUUUGCACGUCAUGUCUUUCUUCCCAAAUUUUGAGUGCAAAUAACAGUUGUGUUGGACUUUCUUCUAUCUCCAAAUGUCUUGAAAUCGAUGCCUCAAAAUGUGUCCAGUGCACUUUCUGGCAUUCGCCAAGUGUAAAUGGCACAUUCUGUGAAGUACAUUCAGUGUGGUGGGUUAUACUGAUAUUAGUUAUUGUAAUAGUUUACUUUAUUAUAACUAUAGUAUUUGUCUUCAGUAUCACAACAAAGAAGAUUAUUGAAAAAAUCAAUAUUAAUGAUAUCGAAUGUAAUACUACAAUCUUUUCUAUGUCUAAUUCUAACAUUAAGUUUAUACCCUUUCAACGUGGGAUAUGUGUGAGUUCCAAAGAUAUAGACUUCAACUCAGAACACCAAGAAAUUGAAGUUAACGUUGAAACCAAAGAAGUCAUUUGUGUCGGCAACAUUUCAAAUGAAACGAUUAAGAUCCAAUUUAGUAUGUCCUCUGAAAUAUCUAAAUUUUCUAUUCGUGUUGAUCCCGAAGUGAUUUGUCUCAAACCCAAAUUUGCAUGUGAAUUUUCGAUUUAUAUCAAACCUCUGUGCACGUGUGUCAUUAAAAAUAAAAUUAUGAUCUUUUCUAAAGGCCUCAAGACGAACAAAGAAGUCUCCGGUGAAUUAAAUCUCCAAGGAGUGACUUCAUUUUCAACUCGAAUGGAUUACGAAGAGUUAAUAGAAGAAAAGAAACUUGGCGAAGGCUCUUUUGGUGUUGUUUUUAAAGGAAAUUAUAGAGGAAAUUUGGUGGCAAUUAAGAAAAUGAAAAGCACUACACAUAACGAGGAAGCUCUUGAGGAUUUUGAGAAGGAAGUUUCUAUGUUAGACAAAUUUAGAAGUGAGUAUAUCGUCCACUUCUAUGGCGCUGUAUUUAUACCAAACAAAAUGUGUAUAGUCACUGAAUUGGCCGAUUUUGGAUCUUUGAAUGACUUGAUUCAACAAACACUUUCUAACAAGAAAGCACUUUUAAAUGAAAUGAACGAGUCGAAUAAUAAGAAUAAAAAUACUAAAAAUAAUAAAAAGAAGAACACAAAGACGUUGAAUUAUGAAAUUUUUACACAAAAAGACUCACUUAAAUUAAAAGUUAAAUUCAUGAAAGACGUUUCGAAAGGAAUUUUGUAUUUACACUCAAACGGCGUGUUACAUCGAGACAUUAAACCAGACAAUAUUCUGAUUUUUUCACUUUAUGCUGAUGAAAGAAUUAAUGCGAAAUUGACUGAUUUUGGAUCAUCUAGAAAUAUCAAUUUAUUGAUGACUAAUAUGACAUUCACUAAAGGAGUGGGUACACCUGUAUAUAUGGCUCCUGAGAUAUUAAAUCAAAAGAAAUAUAAGAAACCAGAAGAUAUUUACUCGUUUGGAAUGACUAUGUUCGAAUGCUUUAAAUGGGGAGAGGCAUACCCAGUCGAACAAUUUGAAUAUCCAUGGAUCGUUGCUGAUUUUGUUAUUAGUGGGAAACGACUUGAAAAACCAGAAGAAAUGGAUGAAAGGUGCUUUGAUAUUAUAAAAAGGUGCUGGUGCCAAGACCCGGCUCAAAGAAUUAAAAUCGAACAAGUUUGCGAUGAGCUCGAUAUAUUGUAUAAUUCAUUUUAA